AUGUCCCGAUCGGUGGACGCGCCACGCGGAGGUAUUGCUGAUGCAGCACCGUGCGACAUGGCUGCGCAGCGGACUCUGCCUCGCUGCUCUCUUUCUUCCUCGCCCAAGUGCCAGUCAGCGUCGGUAUCAUCCGCGACUCCUGGCGCUGCGGGGGGUCCUCAAGGUUCGUCGGCUCCCCUUCAGAUGCGGCGAGACAGGCGGGCGGUGGCGCUUCACUACCCGUCCUGUGACGGUGUCGUCUCCUCUACGCUCGUGUUGCGUAAUGGUUUGAUGAGCACACAAGGCGGCAACCGUUACACACAGGCCUCUCGAGGGCGGCUGAGAGGAGGUGGCUACCUCUAUCCUUUCAGGUCGGUCUGCGACUCUGGCAUCGACGGCAUCCGUCCCCUCACCCUCCCGCCCGCGCGCUGCAGGCGGCAGUCUUUACUCUCUGUGCAGUCCAAACUUGUCUCUUCAGCCUCAGGCGCUCCCUGUUCGCUUGAAGUGGCGAAUGGAGGUGCAUACUUCUCCCGUCGGCGCAGGCAGCGUCCGACGUUGAGCGGCCUCUUCUUCAGUCUCGUCUUGCUUUGCGCUUUUUGCCUUCCAGCGACCCUUCGUACCCUCUUUGGUUUCCAACAUGCAGCCGCCAUGACCCUUGCGAAGAGUUCUCUCCACACACCGGCGGAGACGAGCUUGCAGGUCCUGCAGCCUCUGCGAGAGCUCGGGCCGUCGCUAGGCUCUCACGCGGCGCCUUCUGCUCUGCGCCACCUCCGUCUGUUCCGUGUCUCUGCGCCGGGCGAUGAAGCCGAGCGUCCCCCAGUGACGCCGGAGGCUGCAGCGAAGGGUAUGGAGACAGACGCAGCCGCUGCUGAGACGUGCGACCGAGCAAAGCAAGGGACUGCCGCGAAGCGGGAGUCCAUUGUGCUUGCUCUCUUGCCAUCACGAGACGAUGCCGGGCUUCCUAGCCUCCCGCCUGUCAUCACGUCCGCACGCGAGCCAUCUGCGGCGUCUGUUAUUUCUACUCUUCUGCAGUCCUCAUCGUCUAUCCCGUCUACGCGUGCAACGUUCGUUUUGAGUGUAUCCCCAGAAGAGGCCUCUGUCUCUCCUGUCCCUUCUGAAGCUCCAUCUGGAAGCGCUUCCGCCCCGACCUCUUCUUCCACUUCUUCUCUCUUCGCGCCUCCGUCGCGAGUCUCCUCGACACCGCUGCUGGCGGCCGCUGCCUCGGCCGCCUGCUGCGCCGACGCCCUGCUUCUGCCGUUCUCGUACGCUCAGCUCAACACGCCUCUGGCUCUUCUGGGUCAGGCGGAGCCGCAGAUGCUUCUUCUCUCUGCGGUGCUUGAACAGCAGAGAAAUCUGUGCAGGUCUGUCGCGGCGUUUUCCCGUGAAUGCUCGGCGGCCGCAGACACGGCUGACGCGCUUCACGCUGGGCCCCUAGAGGCCAGUCCCUGCCCGCGCCGAGCCGCUUUGCUACCGGAAGGUGUGCCGACCCGCGUGGACGCACCCGCUAAGAGGGCCGCCGUAGACGCAGACGCGCGAAGAGCGGCGGCAGGCGGAAGCCCCUGCCUUCCAGGCAGGGCGAUGGAACUCGAGAAGUCAGAUAUUGAAGGAGUUGUGGCGAGGAAGAAGCCCUUGAUCGUGCUCCUAACCGAUUUCGCCGACCCCGAAGGGGAUCGCCUCAUGGACGGCGACUCCCUUCCUGUCGUGUCGAUACGUGCAGAGGGUGACAGUCUCGACGACCUGUCUCUGCAGGAGUCGCCUUUUAAAGCAUCGACUGAAAGUACACCACCGUCAUCGUCGUGGAGAUGGCAUCACCAGGUCUCCAAGGCGCUGUCGGAGGAGCGCCAGCGAGACAGAGCUCGAGAGAAGCGCAGAGAAGCUGGGCUCGCUGUUGCGCGUCUUCUCGCUGGUGUGUGGGCGAAUAUCCAAGCCCGCGAUAUGACGCAGCCCGACAGCAGGGAAGAGGAGGACGGCGACGGCAAAAAAGCCACGUCUGCAGACAGUGCUGGAGAUGACGCGGCCGUCGGACAGUCGCAUGGGGAUGCAGGUCAGGCAGAGCCGCCGUUAGAAGAAGGACGAGCCUCGGAGGCUGUAAGACAGCCUACCACACAACGGUCACGUGGCAAGAGCGACGCCGCCGCCACGCGGAGAGACGGCGUCUCUCUGGGUUCGCUGUAUUCCGUCUACGUCGUGUUCGUUCCGCCACUGCCUCCACGAAGCCCAGAUGAAGGAAGCUGUGCUGAAGAUGGAGCAGGAACUCGCGAAGAGGCCCUGGGUGUCGCCCGGCGCGUCCGCCACACUGUCGAGCAAAUCGUGUUGUCCUUUGAGAAUGCGAAGCAAGACAUGCAUUCUCGAAGCUCUUCGGUUGAGGGUCGGUCGUCUGCCGCUCCUCGCGAGCCUCUUUUGCAGUCGCUCACUCGUGUUGCGCAAGUCUGCGAGCGAACUUUUGGAGAUGGCCAGCAGACAGGCCCAGGUUCGGCGUCACAGGUAAAGGCCGCUGACCCGUGGACAGCGGCUGCCAGCGCACAGCAGUCGGUCUGGGCUACUUUCAGGAACAUACGAGAAGCUGUGAACGGCGGAGACGCGGAACGCUUUUCGCGGGUGACCUGGGAGUAUGAUGUUAGAAAAAUCAAAGAAGAGACGAGAGAGCGGUUCGACACCCUCGUGAACUUGCAGCCCCCUUCUUUUCACCUGGGAUACUCGCGUUCUUUCCCAGUCGUCGCCUCCGAGCUGCGUCGCGCCUCGCUGAGUCUGUUUGUGUCGUCUGUCGAAGGCGCCAAGCGCGAGACGCUACAGAGCGACCCUGUUGCAACCUCAGUGGGCGAGGACUUCGCUCGAGUCAGUGAUACUUUCAGAGACGAGCUCGACAGCGAAAUCGCAAGAUCUCUCUCGCCUCGCUAUUUUCUUCAACUCAAUGCUUUGCGGACUGAGAUAACCCGCCAGUUCCGAAAGCAACUCGAGCACAUUCAGAGAGAGCAACUCGUCGCUCUCGAGGCCUACCUCGUCCGUCGUCAGCAGCAGAAGGAUGAUGGCGUCGACGAGAACAUGCCUGAACUCCUCAGCUACCGCCGCUUUUCUAGGCUCAUUCAGGCCCUCCUGACUGCUGCGGGGACGACCUUCCUAGCUGAGAUCCGCCGCUUUCAUCGUAGUUUCUCUCAGGCGCUCCUUGCACAGCUGACAACGUCGAUGGAGCGGCCGUCUUUACCGGCCUCCCUGUCUUCACGACGGACUCUGGACUCGGUGGAGCAACGCCAGCAUCAGCGACUCCUGCAGACUUUGCGCGAGAUGGCGAGCUCAGUUCUUCAGCAGCAGCAAAUCCUGCUUUCAGAGUACGCAGGUGGUUUGAAGGGAGGAGUGUGGACCACGAACUCCGUCGCCAGCUGGGUCCUCGACGGCGUCGCCGACGCCUCGGAGAAAGUGCGAGAGCGACUCGGUCUGAAGGCCGCCAGAGAAGUCAUUGAAAGAGCCGAACAGCGAUCGGUCGCGGUUAGGACAGUUCUCGGCUGGUGGCGAAGGAGAAAACCCAUCGAGGUUUCUCUGCAGUACGUCAGCCCGACGGCUUUCGGCCUGAGCAACUUCCGGCGCCAGGUCGGCCUCUCUCCCGAUGAGGUAACCAUCGCUGGGCGGGGCGAGACGCUCAAAGGAAGAAUUCAGAAGCUCUGGAGUGGUGCGUGGGCUUCCGCAGGAACCGCGGCAAGCCCCGAACAGGCUCCUGUCCUGGACGAAGCGCUCGCUGGAACCUCUCUGCUCCCGGACCUCUCUCGUCUCUCUUCGCUGAUGGUGUACGGCCAGCAAGAGAAACGUGGAACCUAA